AUGGAAAAUUGCACCGAAAACAGUUAUGAAAUAGCUAUAGAAUCCCAGGAUAAAGUCUCGAUAGGUACGAUAAUUUUAGCGUUAGUGUAUCGUAGUAAUGUAGCAGGGAUUGCGGCUUCGACUACCUCACUCACCUUUCCAAUCCAUGCCUUGGUUUUAAUGAUCUUCAAGGGUGAAACCUUACGUCAGAUAUACAAACUUAAAAAAAUUUUUUGGCUUCGGUUACUACCAUUAGCCAUACUUACGAAUUUAAUUGUGGCGUUCACCUAUUACCCUCUAAACUUUACGGCUCCAACCGAUAUUACGGCUAUUUUUUCGUCAGUACUAAGCAUGGUGUAUAUUUUAUCGGUCCUAUUUUUGAAAGAGCCAUUUGUAUUACUUAGGGCGUUAGCGGUAUGCCUAUCUACGACAGGUGUAGUACUGUUCGCUUUUGAUGAUGGUUUUGGCUCUUUCGCUACCUUGGGUGUUAUUCUAUCAGUAUUCUUUACUCUUACCGCAGCUUGUUUUCGUGUAUACGAAAAGUAUUCUAUUGGCGAUGCAUCGCCAAUUCAAGCAUCGAUGCUACUGACAAUUAUUAGCAUUAUUAAUUUCUUGUUGGGAUGGAUACCUGUUGUUAUAUUUCAUUAUACGGGAUUUGAAAAGCUUACAUGGUCUGACAUUCCUUGGGAACCUCUAAUGAUUACAAAUUUAUUUAAUAUGUUACAUAGCUGCUUUGUUGUUAUUGGAGUCGCUGUUACCUAUCCUGUAUUUAUUUCGCUAGGUUCUCUCUUUGGAAUACCGAUUAACGCAGUUAUUGACGCGAUCUUCCGUAACGAAUCGUUUUCGGCAUUAAAAAUAGUGAGCACGCUAUUACUUGCUGUAGGAUUCUUAAUUUUAUUAAUACCUUUGGAAAAGGCUAAAUCGAUAUCUAGAACGGUAGUUAAAUUAUUAACUUGCAGGCAUGGAAAAGCAUAA